AUGAGCUUGCAUCAGCAGCCCUUGCAUCUGUUCCAGCUUUGCUUGGUCUUCAUGGCCUUUUCCCACAAUGAGUUAUCUGGGGAAAUUCCAAGUAGCCUUGGUGGUUGUACAAGCUUGCAGUAUCUUUACAUGGACCAUAAUUACUUCACAGGACAACUUCCAAGUUCUCUGAGUUCAUUGAGAGGCAUUGAAGAAGUGGAUCUUUCACACAAUAACUUUUCUGGAAUGAUUCCGAAAUACUUUUCCACCUUUCCCUUCUUAGUACAAUUGAACUUAUCUUUCAAUGAUUUUCAAGGAGAUGUGCCUGUAGGUAGAGUCUUUAGCAACGUGACCGCACUUUCGUUGGUCGGUAAUGACAAGUUGUGUGGAGGUAUCCCAGAAUUACAAUUGCCUUCGUGCUUGUUGAAAAAGCCUGGACGGAAAAACAUGUCCCUCCCACUCAAGCUUACAAUUUCUCUCAUAUUUGGACUUGUGGGAUUGUUUCUAAUUCUUUUUGCAGUGUUAUUCUACUGCUUUAAGAUGCAAAGGAAGUGUUCCUCGACAAAAUCAUCGCUCGUGGAUCCGUUCAUGAAGAUUUCUUACGGUGAUCUUCUCAAGGCAACGGAUGGAUUUUCGUCAGGGAAUUUGAUUGGCAUUGGCAGCUUUGGCUCAGUUUAUAAAGGGGUUCUUGAAGAUCAAAUAUAUGUUGCUGUGAAGGUGCUAAAUCUACAAAGAAUAGGAGCUUCCAAGAGCUUUUUCUCCGAAUGCAAAGCUUUGAGAAACAUUAGGCACAGGAAUCUUGUCAAAAUUUUUACUGCUUGCUCAAGUGUUGAUUACCGAGGUAAUGAAUUCAAAGCACUCGUUUACGAGUUUAUGCCAAACAAGAGUCUUGAGGCUUGGUUGCAUUCUCCUCUAGAUGAGGAGCAAGAGCAACCAAGGAGUUUAAGCCUUUGUCAGCGGCUAAACAUAAUCACAGAUGUAGCUGCUGCAGUGGAUUAUCUUCACAACCAUUGCGAGUUGCCGAUCAUACACUGCGAUAUAAAGCCAAGCAACGUCCUUCUGGACGAUAGCAUGACUGCUCAUCUGGGUGAUUUUGGUCUGGCAAGGAUCACUGCUGAUAGCAAUUCCGAAGUCAUAUCAGAUCAAACUAGUUCAGUUGGCCUAAAAGGAACUAUUGGAUAUGCUGCACCAGAGUAUGGCAUGGGAAGCAAGGCAACUAAAGAGGGUGAUGUGUAUAGCUUUGGGAUCUUACUGCUGCACGUAUUCACAGGGAAAAGGCCGACUGAUGACAUGUUCAGGGAUGGUCUAAACCUUCACAAGUUAGUGCAGAUGUGUUUGGAUGAGAAUGUGGAGGAGAUAGUUGAUCCUACGCUUGUUUUGGGAGAAGCAGCAGCUGAGCCUCUCCCUCACUUGAAGGGUAUCAAUGAGUGUUUAAUUUCAUUACUUAGAAUAGGGGAGGCAUGUUCUCGGGAAUUGCCCAGAGAUAGAAUGGAAAUCCAUGAUGCUCUCAAUCAUUUGCUUAAACUUAAAACCAUGUUUUAA